AUGCCACGAGGAAGACCAAGAAAAUAUCCAAGAAAAAUAGAAACAAAAGUGGAAUAUUCAGUAUCGUUGGCUAUACAUUACGAGAGGAUGCUAGUAGCAAUAAAUGUAAUGUUGGGUGAAAAAGAGAAAGUUUUGACAAGUGAGGAAGAAGAAUUUGUUCCCAAAUACAAAGAAGUAAUAAAUGAUAUUUUUUCUCAAAAUAUCACUAAUGAGCAACUUAAAAACUUAGAAUAUGGUAUUGAAGGAGUAUUAGCAAUGUCACAUGAGUUUAGUAGCAAAUCAAACUGUAUUUUUGCUAAUUUUCUAACAUUUCUUGAGAGAUUUGUCAGAUCAUGUGAUAAGCGUAGAACAUUAAGAGAAAACUUUAAAGAUAUGUUUUCUAAACUCAAGUCAACCCAAAGUAAUGAAAAGUAUUUUGAUAGUUUCUAUAAAAGGAUUUUUUUGUCAAAUGAAAAUCAAAUUAGUGAUUUUUAUGGACUAACUUUAUAUUAUUUCAUUAUUUCAACUGGAAUGAAAGAUGACCCAUUUAUUAAAUAUUGUGGUAAGAAGUUAGUUAUUCAUUAUUUAGUUGAUAUAUUAAAUUCGUAUAAAGGUGUAAAUUCAUUGGGUGAAAUAUCAGAUGAGGAUUUUAAUUAUAUAGUGGAUACGUUUUCCUCGAAAGUCAACACCUUCAAUGGGCUUAUUUAUUUUGAGUAUAUUAAUAAGACUAAUUUAGACAAAGUUGUAUUUAUUUAUAUAGCUUUACUUAUUAGAAGAAAAAGACUAGCAUAUAUUGAUGAAUUUUCAGAAGGAAUGUUGAUGUAUUGUAUAAUCAACUAUGUGGUUGAAUUAGAUUUUAAUGUUAAAGCAUGUUUAGAAUUAUUCAUAAAGUAUGAUUUAAGAUCAGAGCUUCUUUUCAAAGGGAAAAAAAUAGAAAAUUACGAAUAUUUGAUGAAAGAGUUUAGAAAGGAAAUUCAGUUGCAAUUUAUUGAUAUUGAAAAAGAAAUAUCACCAUAUGUUUAUCCUCAUUAUACUUAUGAGGCUAAAUUUAACAUUAAUCAAUCAGUUAAGCCAUCUAAUGGAAUUACAUUUGAGUACAUUUCAGUUAAUAAUUCAGCAAGAACAAGUAAUCAAUCAUUAAAUGAAGUUAAUACUCCAUUUGAAAGCAAAAGAAUAGAAAAAGUGGAUAAAAAGCAUGAAAUAAAUUACAAUGAUAGAGGAAGGCAUAUGCGAUCUCAACGAAAACUUAUUUUUAAUUAA